AUGCCGCAGAAGGAAUUCGUUGUCCAAAUGCGCAAGGUAAAGGGCCAGAUGAAGCUUGCGAAGAUCAAGGUUGAGACAGAUGAAAUCCCAUUCCGCCUAAUGCAACUUCCACUUGAAAUUCGAAUGAUGGUGUACAAAGCGCAUUUGAUUCAGCCAGAUACGGUUCUCAUCAGCUACAAAAAAAGACACUCGCCACCGUCUGUCUACACCACUGACAGAUCACCUCCAGUUCCAGAACAAAGAAAGGCCUAUAGCAUCGACCAAGCCGAGUUGCUAUCGCUCCGUUUAGCAUCGAAGGCAGUCUAUAAUGAGACUGCUCAAAUUUUCUUCCAUUACAAUACCUUUGAAUUCCGGGAGUCACAAUAUGUCCAGCGUUUCCUACGCAAGAUUUCACUGCAGGAUCAUCAAGCCAUAAGGUCAAUCAAAUAUCAUUUCUGUGGGACAGCCCCGGCACAAGCAGCAAAAGCCCUUGCUGGUUGUAAGGGUCUUCAGCGGCUUCAAAUUGAAUGCAGCUGGCGGACCACAUGUGGUGUACAAUGGCCCAAAGCCUAUGGUAUUAAGGAUUUACUGAAGGUUCGCGGUAUCAAGGAGGUGGUAGUCUGCUUUAACCAUGCUUUAACGCCAGAAAGAUCUGAUCAGUCGCUUUGGUUUCCUGACUGGCCAGGUUUUGUCAAGGGAUUGCAAAUCUUGAAGCAGCCUCGCCUAAAAACCCGAGCAACAGGCUACAAGAAGAAAUAG